GGGGGAAGCGCGGCGGCGGCGGCGCUUUCCGCUUCCGCCCCGUGCCCUUGCCCGUCCGUGUCCCGGCGGGAUGUGGGCGGCGGCGGCGCGGGGCCUGGCGCGGGCCGCGCUGCGAGCUGGCGCGGCACCGGCGGCGGCACGGGCCCGGCUGGCGGGGAGCUCCGCCGCGGACACUCGCCCUACUGUCAGACCAAAAAAUGAAGUAGAACACAAGCAGCUAUGUGCUUUUGGGGAGUACGUGGCUGAGAUUCUGCCCAAGUACAUCCAGCAAGUACAGGUGACCUGUUUCAACGAGCUGGAACUUCUGAUCCAUCCAGAUGGGAUCAUUCCUGUCCUGACCUUCCUUCGUGAUCACACCAAUGCCCAGUUCAAAUCCUUGGCUGACCUGACUGCUGUUGAUGUCCCUUCUCGGCAGUACCGCUUUGAGAUUGUGUACAACCUCUUGUCCCUGCGGUUCAACAGCCGGAUCCGUGUGAAGACAUACACGGAUGAGCUGACACCUGUGGACUCGGCAGUGUCUGUGCACAAGGCAGCAAACUGGUAUGAAAGAGAGGUUUGGGACAUGUAUGGUGUUUUCUUUGCCAACCACCCUGAUCUAAGGCGAAUCCUCACAGAUUAUGGGUUUGAGGGCCAUCCAUUCCGGAAGGACUUCCCACUCUCUGGUUAUGUGGAGGUUCGGUAUGAUGACGAAGUCAAACGGGUGGUGGCAGAGCCUGUGGAGCUGGCUCAGGAAUUUCGGAAGUUCGAUCUGAAUAGCCCGUGGGAGGCAUUUCCUGCCUAUCGUCCAGCUCCAGAACCCCUGAAAAUAGAAGCAGGAGCAAAGAAAGAAGAUGCCAAAUAGCAGCAGAAGGAAGUGGAUGUGCAGCACCAUCCUUUCUGUUCUAAUAUAGUAUUUAUAAUAAUAAAAAUUGAUGUGAGAUACUUGCUUGUUGUGACCUCGUGAAUAAUGUUUUCAAAGUAGAUGAAAAGCACAAGGCUCGUGAAUACUAAUUUACAAUCCUUAUGAUCCAACUGGUAGAUAUUUAUCUGGUGCUUUGAAAAACGGGGGGUUUGUCUUUUUGGUUUGCAAAUUGAACAGAGUGCCGGCAUUGCCUGUGGCCUAGUGUUUCCUGAACACUACUACUGCCAGCAGUCCCUGCAGGUAAAAAGCAGAAACUGAGCACUCCAUAGAGCCUGCACCAAAGCAGCUGUGGAGUUUGAGCAAUGGCAUAGCAGUUUCUUAGCUCCAGGAUGAGUUGGGAAGAUGGUAAUAAUAUGGCAAAAAGGCAAAGCCUGUGUGAAUGGUUCUAAUACAGUUCCUAUCACAACACAAAUGUGUGUGGGUCCAGGCCAAAACAAUUAUGGAAAUCUCUAUUGUUUCCAUGGGAAUUAGGUCAGUGCCUUUUCUCCCAAGAGGAGUUGCAGGUAACUUCUGAUGUGAUGUUCCCUCAGUCUGGAUUUUUCUUCACAAUCAAGCAGUCUUUAUUUUCUCCAGCACCUUCAGAGUGUGCUGGUUUUUUCCUGCAGCCAAAAAUACGCCCCUCCCUUGUCUCAUAGACAAGAGUCUGUGUCUUUUUGUCAGUAUUCCAAUUAUUUUGAGCUCUAUGAUACAAUAGCAUUACCACUUUCUUUGCUGUUGUGGAAAAUCUUUUUUUUUUUUUCAAAAAAGCUGGAAGAAUGCUGUAGUUCCAGUCCACCCACCACCUGUUUGAAUGGGAUUACAUUACAGCAGUCAUCAGUUAAUAAUGUCCCUUGUCCUUGGUCCAGAAAAUGCAUAAUGCUCUUCUUCAUCAGAAAGCUGACUUCAUUAAGAUCUGAAAAUUGUUGUAUAAGAUUUCAUAAAAUAAUUCUCAAGUGGUUUGUAGGAGAUUCCCUGAAUUGAUACUUAAGCUUUUAAAUUGUAAAAGCACUAACGAAAAUAGGGAUUUGAGGGAGGUUAGGGUAUGGGAUGGAGGAAGGGAUACAGCAAUAGUAAAUUCAAUUAAGAAUAAAAACCUACUUGCUGUGACUAGAAUGUGAUCUCUUUUCAAGAAUAAAUACUGAACUGUAU